AUGGUGGGAGAGGAGCAAAAGGAAGAUUCUCCACAGUGGUUCAAGGUUGCAAUUACUGAUGGAAGAAAGUAUAAGAAGCCUUGGCUACUGAGUUCUAUCCAGAGCCAUUGCAGUGUUCCCUUUACCCCAAUUGACUUCCACUACGUGGGAUUGCGGGCCCAGUUCUUUAUCAGUGAUGCCAGUAUUGCCUCUGCACUGAAGGAUGUCAGCGACAAGAUUCUUGAUGACAAUAGCCAAAAGAUAAGUAUUGUUGUCAGUCCCACUAUCGUACCCAAUUGUGAGCGGAAUAAGUUGAAGCCAGAAAAAAUGGAGCAGCUAAAGGUGGCCAUGAAGAAGCGAUACCUUGCCUCUCACCAAGCUCUUGACCUCCAGAGCUUCCGCUUUGACCCAAUCUUGGUGGAUCAUGGUAUUGACAUGAUCCUGAAUCGAAAAAGCUGCAUGGAUGCUGCUUUGACAAUCAUUGAAGAGGAUUUCCCUGAGCUAUUGUCCUUGAAUUUGCGUAACAACAAGUUGUACCGGUUGGAUAGCCUGUCUAACAUUGUAGAGAUGGCCCCCAAACUCCAGAUCCUGAACCUCUCCAAAAAUGAGCUGAAGUCAGCAUGGGAGUUGGACAAGAUAAAAGGACUGAAUCUCAAAGAGUUGUGGCUAAAAGGAAAUCCACUAUGUCGAAACUACUCAAAUAAUUCUACCUAUGUGAGCACCCUCCUGGAACUGUUCCCCAAGCUGACACGCCUGGAUGGCCUGGAGUUGUUCUCCACUCUAUCCUGUGGAAAUGGAAAAAAGAAGUUACCAGUCUGCAAGGGGAGCGUGUAUGGAUCAGACACCCUGAAGAGUCUAAUCUGGCAAUUCCUGACGGAAUAUUACUACAUCUAUGACCAUGGUGACCGGCACGUUCUUCUUAAUACAUACCAUGACAAUGCCUGCUUCUCACUGACUGUUCCUUUCAAUUCUGAUGACGGCGUUCUAGGCAGCUUGAACCUGUAUUCCAAGAGUAGCAGGAAUAUGAUAAAGAUUAAGGACUCUGUUCCUCGGACUCAGCUGCUGAAAUACACAAAAACGGAGAUUGUUGACUUCCUCAGUGCAUUGCCCAAGACCCAGCAUGACCUCAGCUCCUUCGUGGUGGACACCUGUGUCCAGACAGAAAACAUGUUCUACUUUUCUGUCAAUGGGCAGUUCAAGGAGGUGGAAACAAGUUAUCUGCCUCAUAACUGUGACUUCACCCGGAUCUUCAUUUUGAACCGUACAAGCAAUUCCAGUUUAUGCAUCGUGAAUGACCAACUGUUUGUGAAGGACAUCCGCUUCGACGAGCCCAAGACUGACUUGCUCAUUGGUCACAUCAUACUCUAGUUCCACGCCUGCCAGUUCUCUGGAGCAUCAUCCAAUCUGUGAAACCUGGGGAUGCAGACCAACUGAGCAGAGGCCAGGUGGCCUGGGCAUGACACUCGGGGCUACUGGCUCUGAUGAAGCCCCGCCUCCUCCCUUCCCUCCCUCGGACCUGUGAUUGAGGUCCCAAAGGACGUCUUCGUGAAAUGACCCACAAUCUGUGCGACAAGCUCUCCAAAGGAGCCAAGGCUCUCAUCAUCUUCAUCAUCGCUGCCUUCCUCCCU